ACAGCCACUUCAUCACGCCAAGCAUAUGCUCCUAAUAUUCUUCAUUUCCCUUUCUUCAUAAACCUCUCCUACCUUCCACCUUCUUCCUCUUCUUCUCGUCGUCUUAACAAAAACACAAUAUCAUGAAGUUUGGAAAACGUCUCAAGCAACAAAUCGAGGACACAUUGCCCAAUUGGCGCGACAAAUUCCUCUCUUACAAGAAUUUGAAGAAAUUAGUUCGUCGUAUCUCUGACAACGUCGAUGUCAAUGCUAAUGCCGAGUUUGUUUACUUGUUGAACUCUGAGAUUGAUAAGUUCAAUUCCUUUUUCGUGGAACAAGAGGAGGAUUUAGUGAUUCGUCAUCGGGAAUUGAGACAGAGAAUAGAGAGAGUUUUGGAGAGUUGGAGUCCACAUGGAAAUGAAAGGGAACAUCAUAGAGAAGAAAUUAGAGAAAUUAGAGAAGAUAUUGUGAAUUUGCAUGGUGAAAUGGUGCUCUUAGUCAAUUACAGCAAUGUUAAUUAUACAGGAUUAGGGAAAAUUCUAAAGAAGUACGACAAGAGAACAGGGGGAUUACUACGACUACCAUUCAUUCAAAACAUACUGCAACAGCCAUUCUACAAAACAGAUUCACUGUCUAAGAUGAUCAAAGAUUGUGAGAGUAGCAUUGAUGCAAUUUUUCCAACCCCCAAACAAGAAGUCAGCCAUGAAAACAAGCCAAAUAUUUCAGUUUCAGUUGGUGGUGAAGGAAUUUUCAGAAACACAGUUUCAGCUUUACUCAGCAUGGAGCAAAUCAGAAGAGGAAGCUCCACUUAUAGCCAUUUUUCUUUGCCUCCUCUUAACUUGCCUGACUCUGAUCUAAUCCACUCCUUUCAACUCAACUCUCCCAUUCCAAUUCUCUAGUUACUUGAUUACUUACUUCCAACACUACAAUACAAUAUAAUACACUUCACUAAUUGCCCACCAGAUAUUCUUCUUACUACUCUUCUUUAUGUUAUGUGAUCACACUAUUUAAUAUAGAAAAGAAUUGUGUGUAUUUCAAGUUGAUUGGUAAUUUUUUAUACAUAGAA